AUGAAAUAAAUAUUGAGUUUCUAAAAUACAAGAUCAUUUGAUGAAAGAAAAAAUGAAUCUGAUAAUUGUAAAUAUCUCUAUCCUAACGAUAUUUUGGUAGUUGUUGAAUAAUUAAACACAAGUAAACUCCCAAGAUAAAAUUUUAUAAAAUUCAAAAUGCCAAACACAAUGACUAUAAUCAAUGUUCUAUAAUACAUUAAAAGCAAAAUAAAACUAUCUUAAUACGAUUCAAUCAAUUUAUACUGCGGCAAAAUAUUGUUGAGAAUAGAUUAAACUUUAAAAGAAUUAUAUCAAUAAUUUAAAGACUUAGAUGGUUUUCUUUACAUCAGUUACAUAGAAAUGAAUUCAUUCGGGAUAUAAUUUUGA